AUGGCGUGCUACACAGUGACGGCCUACACAGGCUUGAUUGCUCUCGCCGGAACCAGCAACCAGAUCUCUGUGCAGCUGCAUGGCUCCCAGGCCGACAGCGAUGAGUACAAGCUCAAUUGGCUGCGAGGAAUUGAAGCAGGUUCGGAGCGGAGCGUUGCGAUUUACUGCGAUAAAUCGCUGGGAGAACUCCUCACCUUAAAGGUUGGUUCCACGCACUGUCUGGGGGACAACCAGUGGUUCUGUGAUAAGUUCACUGUCAAGAAACCUGAGGGCGAUGACAUUUUGUUCCCUUGCUACCGCUGGAUUGGCUGUGAAAAAGACCUCGUCUUGAGGCCUGCCAAAGCUACACUGGACUUCCAGGACACUCACCCGAAACACCAGAGUCACAGGGCCAACCAACUGAAGGAGCUGAGGGAACUGUACAGAUGGCGCGUAUACGCGGAGGGAACGCCACAGGUGGUCCACUACGAAAGUGCCCAGGAGCUACCAGCGGAACUACGCUUCUCCUUCACCAAGGAGACAGAAUUUGUUUACACUGCAGGGACACAGUUGGUUGCACUGGGCUUGAUGGGGCUGUCUUGCAGCCAGUAUUCGUGGACCUGUCAUGAUGACCUGCUGAAAGAUAUGGUCAUUCAAAACAAAACUCUUGACUAUGUAAGGGACAACUGGGACAAGGAUGAGUUCUUUGGCUCCCAGUACUUGAAUGGUCUCAACCCCAUGAUGAUCCAGCGCUGUUCCAAGCUGCCAAAGAACUUCCCCAUCACCGAGGAGAUGGUGAAGGAUUCCAUGGGCGGAAGCACCUUGAUGCAGGAGAUCAGGAGUGGCAACAUCUUCCUGGCUGACUACAAGAUGUUGCACGGACUUGUGGGAAAUGUAGUCCACAACAGGCAGCAGUAUCUAACAGCUCCUCUGGUACUGCUGUACUCCAACCCGAAUGGUAAACUGCUUCCCAUCGCUAUUCAGUUGAAACAGGAGCCUGAGGAAGAUAACCCCAUCUUUCUUCCCUCGGACUCCGAAAACGACUGGAAUCUGGCCAAGAUCUUUGUGCGGAAUGCAGAGUUUGGCGUUCACGAGGUCGACUUUCACCUGUUGAGAACGCACCUGUUGGCUGAGGUGUUCACCGUGGCAACCCUGAGGAACUUACCUCCCCCGCAUCCACUGUACAAGCUCCUGUUUCCUCACAUGCGCUACACACUCCAGAUCAACAGCAUGGCACGCGGUCAGCUGAUAUCACCUGAUGGAUCCAUUACCACGUAUGCCGGAGUGGGUGGAGAGUCCUUGCCAGAGCUGCUGAAGCGUGCCACAGCCUCCCUGACCUACAGCUCCCUCUGCCUGCCUGACAACAUCAAAGAGAGAGGCCUGGAGACGGUGCCCAACUACUACUACAGAGAUGACGGACUCAAACUGUGGAACACCAUCAGCAAGUAUGUGGAGGGGAUUUUGACCCACUACUAUCACUGUGGUUCACAUGUGCAAAAGGACACAGAGUUAUGCGCCUGGAUCAGGGAGAUACACACCCAUGGCUUUCUGGGCAACAAAUAUUCAGGAAUCCCUUCAUCCUUCCAAACACUGGCAGAGCUUGUCAAGUUUGUCACCAUGGUGAUCUUCACUGCAUCAUGCCAACAUGCUGCUGUCAACAGUGGACAGUUUGAGUAUGGCGGAUGGAUGCCAAACUACCCUACUGCCCUCAGGAAACCCCCUCCCACAGUCAAGGGCCAGACCACUGAGUGCAUCAUCUUCGACACCCUACCUGACAUCGGCACAACUGUCAAUGGCGUCGCUGUCCUGAGGCUGUUAAGCAAGGAAGGAACAGACCGAUACCCUCUGGGAUAUUUUCCAGAAAAUCUGUUUCAUGAGGACGUCCCACUCAAGGUCAUUGCGGACUUCCAGAACGACCUGAAGGAGCUAUCCAAAGUCAUCAAGAAGAGGAACAAGACACUGGUGCUCCCCUACACCUAUCUGGAACCCAAGAAUGUGGACAACAGUGUGGCCAUCUAAAGCUUGCAUUGCAUUGCA